AUGCUAGCCAAGAUAGUUGAUACGCUCCCUGGAAGACCAGGAUCUCCAGUCACCCCUUUUUAUCUCUUGUUGUUAAUAUUAAUAUCUAAGGAGUCAACACACUUUAAUUUAGAUUAUCAGAGUGAGAGAGCCUCAUUUGUUGUACACACAGAUGGCUUAGAAAGGGAUAGAGGGGACAUAGCAAGAAAAAAGGCUGCAUUAGCCUCAGAAGCUGAGGCAGAGAAAUCUGCUACACGUAAAAGAGUAACAGCAAUGUUGGCUGAUGAAGAAGAUUCUGAAGGAGACAACCUACAUGUACCUUCUUUACAGCCUCUAUCAGAUGAUAAUGAGGAGGAGGUAAAGGAGGAGGAGGAGGACAACUGCUACCCAAAAAGAGUUGUGGAUAAUAAUGAGGUUGUAAGAGGAACAGAUUGUUCAAUUGUUCGUACAUCUAUGUCUACUAUGACAUGCAGCCCCAGCAUUAUUUCUCUUCCAAAAUCUUCCACUGUGAAGCCAAAGCUUUGUUCCAUGGCCUGCCCUAUCAUCAAACAUAUUGCAAGCCAGGCUCACAAAGCUAUGAGACUUUUUACAGUCACAGAAAAAGGAUUUCCAAACCCCCUCAGUUGUCAAGCAAUAUGCUGGGAUUUUUUGGUCAAAGCCACAGCAGCAGACAAUGACAGUGGCCCAGUGGACAAAAUGAAGGACAUACAAGACAACCAGGUCGUCAAGUCUCAAUUACUACAAUAUAUGUGGAAAGGUUCUACACAUAUCAGAGGGGAACUUAUUUCCAAAGCUAGAAUCAGUGUACUUCCUAUGUAUGGCAUCAAAAACAUCCACAAGGACAAACUAAGUGAUACAAUCCAUUGGACCAUAAACUCAGCAGCUUUUAUCAAUAACAGCAUAGAUUUAAAGGAGAAGAUAUCUGACACAACCAACCUUGAAAGAAUGAUAUCAUCAAAAUUCAUUUUCAAGCACAAUAGUGGGGUCCCAAAGGUGAAGGUAGAAAAUCUAGUAGAAUGCUCUAAUUCUCAGAGACAGCAUUUUCUGCUAGCUAUAUUUAAUGUGAUUGUGGGGCAAUCUGAUGUAUCUGAGCUCAUGUUUGAUUUUGAUGCUUUAAAAGAAGCAGCAAAAGCAUCCAAACCAUAA